AUGCGUUACUACGGACAAAACACUUUCCUGGCUCCCUGCCUCAUGGCAUAUGUACUGGCUCUGCUUUCCGCUACUCAUCAUGUUCUUGCCUCCCCAGUCGCAGCUACCGGGGUAGACAUGUCACUCCUGUUUCCACCCGAGCCGGAGUCUGUCCAUAUUGUUGAACUCCCACUUCCCCCGGUUUCUCCAUCAAACGAGACAGGGGCAUGCACGCUCUCAAUCAACCCUCACGGCACCGGCUGUAUCGGCAAAGACGCGGAGCUGCGCAAUGGAAAUUUCCUGCCUGAUAACAAGCACAUUGUGGCCAGCGUGACGUUUGCCGGAGCACCCGAUGUCCCGCAACCCGGCAGCGCCUACAGCGGUGUGCAGCUGAUUGUUAUCAAGACAGAUGGACGGAAGUUUCCCAAUGGCGACGCAUGGAAAUGUAUCACAUGUGGCAUUCCCACGGCGAGAAGGAAUGGGAGCACGGAGCUACUGGAAUACCCGCAGGCAUUUCGAGACGGCAGACGCGUCCUUGCCGGAAACAAUAUUGUCGACUGUGGUGGCGCCGUGCUCUCUAGUCCUAAAUGUGUGCCUGAACGCGCGCAUAUCUAUCCCAUCUACUGGACGAACACUGUCAACGGAUCUGGCCCUGGAGGAGCAAUCCGCGAGAACAGGAUUCACCCAGACAAUGUGCAUAUGGGCUUUAGUUCGUUUACAAGCACAGGAGGGGUGCUGGGCCAGUUUGCCUACUUUGGGCGUCUGGUCUUCAACCCUUUCCCCGUUACGGGCGAGCCACGAGUCCCUAGAUAUGAGCUGCACAACGUCACCAGGUUGUAUGAUCCAGCAGCUCUCCAGCCCUUUUCGGUCCAUGGAGGCAAAUUGACAAUCAACCCCGAGGCGCUUAGCGUUGGAGAGCUUCGCGGCUUCUCUGGAUCUGGAGACGAAAUCAUUUACGUCGGCGCCAACAGAGAGUCCUGCAAUACAGACAUUUUCGCAGCAAAUAUUGAUACCGGUCAUGUCCGGCGCAUCACGCAACAUCCUGGCUACGCCGACCCAAUUGACGUCUCUCCUGACAACAAGUGGUCCGUUAUCUUGGAUACCCGCAGCACGAAUCGUACCAUGUUCAUGGCCGCCAUGAGAGGGAUUCCACCUCUCACGGACCUCGUAUCCUCCACGGCAUCCGUUUCAAUUCGCAACAAUGGGCAGCGCCGGUUCUUUCAGCCCUGGCUGCUCGACAGUACCGGUGAUCGCGGGGAAUAUCUCGGACAGCAGCUCAACGCGCACGAAACUGGAAGCGAAAGCGUAAAUGAUCCAGAGUGGAACGCCCAGGCAGAUCCACGGUGGUCGUGGGACGGCACGCAGAUUGCAUACUACCAACGGCUAACCGUACCUCCCCAGUGCGGCGGCCUAAAUCCACUGCCUUGCCCGGCCUCUACGUCGGAUGGAGAGAGAAGUUAUAGAAUCAUGCUGGCCACUCUCACGGCUCGCAAGCCAGUCCGUCUUCGUCCAGUCAAGCGAGUCUCCGAUGUUAUUCCUUGGGGUGUGCCGUAUGUGCCCGGUGAUCCGACCCCUGUCCGCUGGUACCCGCCUGGUGGUGCGUACACGGUGUAUGGACGAGUUUCAGGCUACGCAGACGUGACGCUCAUUGAGAACAGCGGUGGGACCGGGCUUGAGACGGUUGCGGUCAGCUAUCAUGACUAUUCUGACGCAGCGGGGGUGGUGCUUACCGGUAGUGAGAACGUGACAUCGGUGCAUGUUGGAGAGAGCCUGACGCUGGAGAGGGUGGAAUGGUACUCGGAUCUUACGUCGAUUGGCCCAGGUAGCCAUUCUGCCUCGAAGGUGACUAGCGAAGACGGGUUCCAUUUGUUGAUUGAUAUGAUGGAAACCGAGUUCGUGGCCAACGGGACGCUUACGAGCACGGUUGAUAAGGUCGUGUAUGGGCAGCCUGAGAAUUACACUUAG